AUGACUGCACCAAUUUUGUCCACGAAGGAUUUCUUCCGCUUCCUCGAACCGGUGCUGUCCGCAAUCAAUAAGAACGCUCGCGGUGACGCCCCCGAAACUCUCGAGAGACUCCUACGCGAUCCAAAGGAGUUCGCAAGGGCAUCGUCACUGGACGUCGACCCGAAAGUACUUGAAAGAUACGACGAAAUCAGAACAAAUAAGAAUCUCGGAGGACACCGCGAAAUCCUGGAACGUCUUGCGAAGGGCGGACUCUUUCACGAAAACACUGAAGAGUGGCAAAUUCCCUUCGUCAAAACUUAUCUGAACAUUUUCACCAUCGUCAUAGAGAGAGGAGGCGCUGGAGCACUCUUCCUAUUAGCGAGCUUGUUUGACGUUUACGAGCUUCAACGUCUCGAUCUGGACGAUUCGCGCUUUGAAUCCUUUUGGUUAAAGAACCAACCGUCAAAAGAACAUUGGAAACAGAUGAAGGAGGAGCUUAAGAAAUGGGAUAUCGUUGACUGCCUCGACAAAGCUCAGGUACCAGGAGAUGAUCCCAAACCAAAGAGAUCGAUAUGCCAAACCUUGCUCAAUAUAAUUACUGGGCGCUAG